AUGCCGGGGAAGAGGGGCCGUCGAGGGUCACCCGGUCGCCGCUCCCGCACCGCCCGAGCCGAGCUGUCCUUCUCCGUGAGCCACAUGGAGCGCCUCCUGUGGGAGGGCCACUAUGCCCAGCGCCUGAGCUCGUCCGCACCCGUCUACCUAGUGGCCAUCAUCCAGUACCUGGCGGCCAGGGUCCUGGAGCUGGCACGCCAUGAGGCCCAGAACAGCAGCAGGAGGCGCCUCACUCCGGAGCUGGUGGACGUGGCGGCCCGCAGCAACACGCUGCUCAGCGACUUGUUCAGGACUAUAGCACCAUCUCCCAGGUGGCCCUGGCCCAGCCCUAGCUGCCCAACGACACCUGGGUCCCCGGCCCCCAGGGGCGCGGCCAUCAGGCGCCAGGCCCGCUCACCGACCGACCGCACAGCCCGGGUGGCCCAGGCCUGGCGACGAGAGCUCCGGGCGGCCGAGCCAGCGCGGUCGCUUGGUGGGCCGGAGCCCGACGCAGGGCACGUCUCAGCCCGCCGCCGUCGCCCAGCACUUGCGCCCACUUGCGUCAGCGCGCCCGGAAGUGCCUAA